AUGAUCCGACUGAAUGUACCUCUUGACAAGCAAGAUUGUCGUCAAUGGGUCAGGAGAAAUUUACAAGCAAGAGGGGCUAGACCUUUUGAAUUCACCCAGACAGCUCCACCUUACAAUCCCUCUAACUCUGUCCCGAGCGGUACCUUUCCUGAAUACACUCGGAAUCCUCAGACAGAAUCUCUUUUGCAGUUUCUGGAACUUCCUUACCUUCUUGAUAACACGUCAGAAUCAUCACAAGUACCCAGGAGUCCUCUUCCAUUGAUCCGUACAGGUUCUCUUGAAGAAAACAGUGAAGACAUUCCCAUUGAUGAUGUGGAUGAUGUGGAUGAGUUGGAAGAACUUGCUGAAGAUGCGGUGGAUGCUAAAACUGAAAAUAUUUGA